AUGGCCCUCCGUCAGCCGUCCACCUCGGACAAAACGAUCCGCAAAAUUGACAUCGCUCAGGUUUCCCUCAGCCUUCAAGAUCGCUUGGGUCUCGCCAAGGUCAAGUACCAGAAUGGCCGUCUUCAUGCCCUCGAUUCGAAUGGGAAUCGUCACAUCUCCCUCGGCAGUGACAAGCCCUCGGAUUCGUCCUCCGAUGUCUCCCACAGUCGUUGCGAAACCCCCAUGACUUCGCCGCCAUUGCGAACCGCGACCUACUCCAAGGAACUCCCCAGGUCCUCCCGCAAUCGUCAUGCGGCCACCUUCAACUCACAGGUCAUGCAGCCCAUGCUGUCAGCCAGCCGGAAACGCCUUCGAUCCGACUCCAUUACAGAGCGUCCCGUCAAAGCCGCCCGGGUGUCAUGGAAAAGUGCCUACCAACUUCCGGCAUCGUCGCCAGGGUUCAGCCGGCGUCAUACGAACCGAGGCCAGCAUCUACCCUUCAUAGCGGAGACGUCGACAAUCCCGGAAUUCUCGUCUCCGGGUUAUCGUCAUCACUCGGAUGAUGACAACGACCCAGACCUUCCGCUUCAUAGUUUCCAGAAUGUCAGUUCCGUGGUGGGCUCCUCCCCUCCUCGUACUCCGCCACCCAAGCAUGCUCGCAUCGCCCGCAACGACCGCAACUUACGACACGAGGACGGAGCAGACUUGCUCCUGUAUCUGGCCAACUCUCCUACUCCCGCGAGCGUUGCAAACAAGGCGCAGGCUCGGGACUUCCCACCAUCUACUCCACCCAGUCAGCAUGCCAUCCUACCCUCUCUGACGCCUACUCCGGGCGGAGGCGUCUUCCCCAACUUUGGCACUCCCACCCAGCAAUUUAAUUUUGCCGACUUUGUCAAUGUGACACCUAGCCCGGCACAGCCGCCAUGGGGUGGGCGCACCCCGGGAAACCCUGCACGCACUCCUCUCGCCAACAAAGACCGGAGACGGUCGAAUCUUGACAACCUAUUACCUCCUGGUGCUGAUAGUCCCAGAAAUCGCGAGAAAGGCUCUGGAAUGAUCUUGCAACUUGGUGGUGAACUUCGACCGUAA